AUGUCAAAAUUUCAACACGAUUAUCUUCCUGUAGACCCACAGGUUGAACAAACUCUGAAGCCAAUUUACACGGACCCAAGCAGACGCGAAUUAUUAGACAGAUGCAAGGGUGGAAAUACCCAAAAUAAUAACGAAAGUUAUAAUGGUUUGCUUUGGCACCUUGCUCCAAAGCACCUCCACAAUGGCUUAAAAACCAUCGAACUUGCCAAUUUCCUUGCUGUUGGGAUUUUUAAUGAUGGUUUUCAAUCCAUUAUGAAAAUUUUCCGAAUAAUGGGAGUUAUUAUUGGUCCCAUUGCAAAGGAAUAUGCCGACGAGAGAGAUGAGAACCGAAUUUAUCAAGCGGAGUUACGAUAUCAGGCGGCUUCAAAAGAGAGUCGAACAGCUCGGAGGAUAGCUACAGCGGCCCAGCAGCUACUUUAUAAGGAAGAGGAAGGUCCAUUAUAUGGGCCCGGAAUAGCAGAUUAA